GGGAAAGCUCUGCUCUCUCUGUCCAGCCGAUCGCUUCCAGGCAGCAGAGGAGCACUGUGGCUGCACGCACGAACCCAGUGACUGUGAAGAUGAAGAUUGCAUUGAUUGGACAGAGUCUGUUUGGCCAAGAGGUUUACAAAGAGCUGAGGAAGGAAGGCUACACCAUCGUAGGAGUCUUCACCGUUCCUGACAAGGAUGGCAGGGCUGACCCACUGGCAACUGAGGCGGAGAAGGAUGGUGUUGCCGUGUUCAAGUUCCCCCGCUGGCGUGUGAAGGGCCAGGCCAUCCCGGAGGUGGUGGCUCAGUACAAGGCCACGGGGGCCGAGCUCAACGUCCUGCCCUUCUGCUCCCAGUUCAUCCCCAUGGAGGUCAUCGACCACCCCAAACACGGCUCCAUCAUCUACCACCCCUCGCUGCUGCCUCGCCACAGGGGAGCCUCCGCUAUCAACUGGACCCUGAUCCACGGUGACAAAAAAGGCGGGUUCACUGUGUUCUGGGCCGAUGACGGACUGGACACGGGACCAAUCCUACUGCAGAGGGACUGUGAUGUUGAGCCCAAUGACACUGUCAACACAAUCUACAAGAGGUUUCUCUUCCCAGAGGGUGUCAAAGGCACAGUGGAGGCGGUGAGGCUGAUAGCAGAAGGGAAGGCCCCGAGGAUCAGCCAGCCACAGGAGGGAGCCACGUAUGAGGGCAUUCAGAAGAAAGACAACGCCAAGAUUGACUGGAACCAGCCAGCUGAGGCUCUUCACAACUGGAUCAGAGGAAACGACAAAGUGCCUGGUGCCUGGGCAGAGGUGGAGGGACAGAAGGUGACUUUCUACGGCUCCACUUUGGUGGAUGAUGGCUACACAGCCACGGGCCAGCCGCUGCAGAUCCCCGGAGCCAGCCGGGCCGCCAUCGUCACCAGGGCCGGCCUGCUGCUGUACGGCAACGACAGCAAGGCGCUGUUGGUGAAGAAUCUUCAGUUUGAGGAUGGGAAGAUGAUUGCUGCAGCGCAGUACUUUGGCUCAGGCAGCAGUGCUGCUGUUGAGCUCACUGCGGAGGAGAAAAGCUUCGCUCAACAGAUGAGGACAGUGUGGCAGAGUAUUCUGAGUAAUGUCAGUCAGAUUGAAGACUCCACUGAUUUCUUCAAGUCUGGUGCUGCGUCCAUGGAUGUGGUCAGGCUGGUGGAGGAGGUGAAGCUGCGGGCCAGUAGCCUCCAGCUGCAGAACGAGGACGUCUACAUGAACUGCACCUUCCAGGAUUUCAUCCAGAUGUGCGUCAGAAAGCUCCGAGGGGAGGACGAUGAAGAGGAGCUGCUCGUUGACUAUGUGGAGAAGAACACCAACAACAUGAGCAUAAAGAUGCCUCAUCAGCUGUUCAUUAAUGGAGAGUUUGUUGAUGCAGAAGGAGGAAAGACUUACAAGACCAUCAACCCCACAGAUGGCACGGCCAUCUGUGACGUGUCUCUGGCCCAGAUCAGUGAUGUGGACAGGGCAGUCGCUGCUGCUAAGGAGGCCUUUGAAGAGGGGGAGUGGGGCAAGAUGAACCCCAGAGACCGAGGCAGACUCAUCUACAAGCUGGCUGACCUGAUGGAGCAGCACCAGGAGGAGCUGGCCACCAUCGAAGCCCUGGACUCUGGAGCGGUUUACACUCUGGCGCUGAAGACUCAUGUGGGCAUGUCCAUCCAGACCUUCCGCUACUUUGCCGGCUGGUGUGAUAAGAUCCAAGGUAGUACCAUUCCUAUCAAUCAGGCCCGGCCCAAUCGGAACCUCACCUUCACCAAGAAGGAACCAAUAGGAGUGUGUGCUAUCGUGAUUCCCUGGAACUACCCUCUGAUGAUGCUGGCCUGGAAGACCGCCGCCUGCCUGGCCGCGGGGAACACAGUCGUCCUCAAACCGGCCCAGGUGACUCCACUGACAGCACUGAAGUUUGCCGAGUUGGCGGCGAGAGCGGGACUGCCUAAAGGAGUGGUCAACAUUCUGCCGGGAUCAGGUGCUCUAGUGGGUCAGCGUCUGUCGGACCACCCUGACGUCCGUAAACUGGCCUUCACAGGCUCCACUGAAAUUGGUAAACACAUUAUGAAGAGCUGUGCAGUGAGCAACGUCAAGAAGGUUUCUCUGGAGCUCGGAGGAAAGUCCCCUCUCAUCAUCUUCAGUGACUGUGACAUGGACAAGGCUGUGCGCAUGGGAAUGAGUUCAGUGUUCUUCAACAAGGGAGAGAACUGCAUCGCAGCUGGAAGACUGUUUGUGGAAGACAACAUUCAUGAGCACUUUGUGAAAAGAGUGGUUGAGGAGGUCAAGAAGAUGAAGAUUGGUGAUCCCCUGGACCGCGCAACAGACCACGGUCCUCAGAACCACAAGGCCCACCUGGACAAACUGGUGGAGUAUUGUCAGAUCGGCAUCAAGGAGGGAGCCACUCUGGUGUGUGGGGGCAAACAGGUGCAGCGGCCAGGUUUCUUCUUUGAGCCCACAGUGUUCACUGAUGUGGAAGACCACAUGUACAUCGCUGUAGAGGAGUCAUUCGGCCCCAUCAUGAUCCUUUCCAAGUUCAAGAGCGGCGAGGUGGACGAUGUCCUAAGAAGGGCCAACGCGACAGAGUUCGGCCUGGCGUCAGGUGUCUUCACACGGGACAUCAGCAAAGCUCUGUACGUCAGUGAGAAGCUCAACGCAGGAACAGUUUUUGUCAACACCUACAACAAGACGGACGUGGCCUCGCCUUUCGGGGGCUUCAAACAGUCUGGCUUUGGCAAAGACCUGGGACAAGAUGCUCUCAACGAAUACCUGAAGACAAAGGCAGUGACCAUCGAGUAUUGAAAUCCCAGCGGGGGGCAGUGUGAUGUGUGUGGACACUGAUCAGGGAGGGACAUGCAGACCUGGACUCAUGUCUCUCAUUAGUGACUACUGACUAAUAAUCUGAUAUCUGUAAUAAUACUGGAUGUGCCUUAACAUAUUAAACAAAAACCUGUGAGCCAUGUUGUUGCAGGUAUUGUCCUAAUCUAUGCAAGUGAAGACAAAGUCAGCUCUCUGACUCCUUUGUAAUCAAUGUGAUAAGUUUAAAAAAACAAAAUAGGAAUAUUUUCAACAGAUUGUAUUAAUUUCUAAUAUGGCUUAUAUUAGGUCAAACAUUUCUAAUAAGAAUGACAACUGCUGAGCACCAUC